AUGUCAGAUACGUUAGGUGGCUCAAAACAUCUUCCCCGCAGUGUCUUUAGCCAUGUCGAAGCUUCCACAAUCGAAACCACGAACGAUACAGAUCUCGAUGUAGUAUUCGUGCAUGGCGAAUCAAAUAAUUUUAAGACUCCACCGAAAGUGUGGAGCGACAAGUUCCAGGCAAACACCAAGUUCUACUACUGCAGCACUACCGAUUUGUUGCGGUGGAUUAUGGAGUCGGAGUGCUACGACCCUACAAUAGAUGCCUCAGAUGUUUGGUUUGAUAGGGCAGUAGAAGACGAACAUGAUGAAUCAGCAACAAGACCGCUUGUUUGGGUUGCUCAGGCACCCGAUGCCCGAGCUGUUUACAAGUCGCUGCAUGAGCAUGGUUUCCCAGUACGCAAGAGCCCUAAAGGAAAGACAGCGGUUUUCUGGCGUACCUACGGUGUCAUCGAGCUGCAGCCAUACCGUCCCAGUUUGAUCGGCCUAUGUAUACCCAUGUGGGGACAGUGGAGCUGCUUUAUGGUUUUGCAGGACUACUACGCUUGCCGCAACUCGACCACUCCGUGUCGCUCAGACUCGAUGCUGGGUCCUAAUGUACUUCAUGACCCGUCGGACGGUGUUUUCAUGAUAGUCACACUUCUAUACAGUUUUGCCACCAUUGUGCAAUACCAGGUCAAUCGAGAGGACUACUAUCAGCAGCUGUGCUUGAUCGUUGGACUUGCGGCAGGUCUUUUGCUCAGUCCCUCUAUUCCGUUCACAGUACCAGGCUCCCCUGUAUCGGUGCAUACAUUUGUAGCUACGACGAGCGUGGCGUUGGCGUGCGGUGCUAUUGGUCACUGGAUCUGGCGAACAUACUUUAGCACGCUGGAGACUCGGCUCGAAAGGAGGCUGUUAGAUUGGAAAGAAGAGGCGCGCCAGACGGCGAACGAAACACAUGCUGUCGAGUUUCACCGCCUGACUUGA